AUGGGAAAAACAAUGAAUGACAAAAAGAAGGAAACCUGGAGCGCGCCGCAGGACGAGCGCUUGCGUCAGCAGAGCCCCAAACAGCCGAAUGCACAGCGGAAUACAGCGCCACCACAGCCACCACCGAAUUCAGCCGAGCCACCACCGAAUGCACAGCGCCACCACAGCCACCACCGAAUGCACAGCGCCAGCAGCCACCACCGAAUGCCACCGAAUGCACAGCGCCACCACAGCCACCACCGAAUGCACACGCCACCACAGCCACCACCGAAUGCACAGCGCCACCACAGCCACCACCGAAUGCACAGCACCACCACAGCCACCACCGAAUGCACAGCGCCACCACAGCCACCACCGAAUGCACAGCGCCACCAACAGGCACCCAGCGCAACCGAAUGCACAGCACCCACACCGAAUGCACAGCGCCACCACAAGCCACCACCGAAUGCACAGCGCACCACAGCCACCACCGAAUGCACAGCGCCACAGCCACAACCCAGCGCCACCACAGCCACCACCGAAUGCACACGCCACCACAGCCACCACCGAAUGCACAGCGCCACAACAGCCACCACCGAAUGCACAGCGCAGCCGCCACCACAACCACCACCGAAUGCACAGCGCCACCACAGCCACCACCGAAUGCACAGCGCCACCACAGCCACCACCGAAUGGCCAGCAGCCACACCGAAUGCACAGCAGCGAAUGCACAGCGCCACCACGAAUGCCACCACCGAAUGCACACCACAGCCACCGAAUCCACCACGAAUGCACAGCGCACAGCCACCACCGAAUGCACAGCGCCAUCACCAUAAGCAUAUCACUCUACCCGCGGCCCCGAAUGGUGCCUGA